AUGCGAGACGUCGUGCGGCGUCUCUGCCGCCGGCUGGACCUGCAGACGGACGACGACGACGGUGGCGGGGGGGCGGUGGCGAGCGAGGCCGGGGUCGUCGCCGCGCUGCGCUCGCUCGAGACUGCAAACCAAGAGGAUCAUCAGGAGGUGUCACAGACACACGCUGCACAGGAAAUUUCACAGUUGCAGACUGCAAACCAAGAGGAUCAUCAGGAGGUGUCACAGACACAGGCUGCACAGGAAAUUGCACAGUUGCAGACUGCACCAGUGGAAAUUGCACAGUUGCAGACUGCAAACCAAGAGGAUGAGCAGGAGUUGUCACAGACACAGGCUGCACAGGAAAUUGCACAGUUGCAGACUGCACCAGUGGAAAUUGCACAGUUGGAGGCUGCACAGCUGAAGUAUCAGCUGGAAAUCGCAGACCUGCAAACUGCAAAUCAAAAGUAUCAGCAGGAAAAUACAGACCUGCAGACUGAACAGCAGAAAUAUCUGCAGGACAUUACACAGUUGCAAACUGCAAACAAAGAAUAUCAGCAGGAAAUUGAACAGCUGCAGAAUGCAAAGUUCAAAUAUCAACAAGAAACCUUACAGUUUCAAACUGCAAACCAAAAGUAUCAGCAAGAAAAUACAGACUUGCAAACUGCACAGCAGAAAUAUCAGCAGGAUAUUUCACAGUUGCAGACCGCAAACACAGACUAUCAGCAGGAAAUUGAACAGCUGCAGAAUGCAAAGUUGAAAUAUCAGCGGGACAUUUCACAGUUGCAGACUGCACAGCAGAAAUAUCAGCGGGAAAUAACAGAGCUACAAACUAUACAGCUGAAAUAUCAGCAAGAAAUAACAGAGCUACAAACUGCUCAGCAGAAAACUGAACAGAAACAGUAUCAGCAGGAAGUUUCAGACCUGCAAACUGCACAGCAGAAAUAUCUGCAGGAAAUUUCAGACCUGCAGACUGCACAGCAGAAAUAUCAGCAGGAUAUAACAGACCUGCAAACUGCACUGCAGAAAACUGCACAGGAGUAUCAGCAGGAAAUUUUGCAGGUGCAAACUGCACAGCAGGACAUUGCACUUGAUGAUGCCUGUGAUCAGAAGCUGUAUGCACAGAAGGAGGCCGGAAGCAAGCCAGAACAAUUUCUAGAGUACGAGAGCGGUGAUCGACAUCUUCACAAAGCUACAGAGUCUGUGAACAGAGCCGGCGAUGAAAGAAAAAUGGAGCAAUCGCGUGAAGAGGAGGCAGUCGUGGGGCUGGAAAUGCUGAUGCGCAGGCAGGAAUACGUGGGAGCCUUCGGCUGUACGCGGCCGACACGGCUCCGCGACGAAGCCGAGAAUAACUUGGCCGCGCAAGUCGCGCGAUCUUUGACGAUGGAGAAGAAGAAGGUUGCUGCGUCGCUGGUACCGGAAAAGAACUUCCCUGCCCUGUGCAGCUAG